GUUCAUUUUAAACGAGAAAACCGCAUAGAUACUCUGUUCGCCGUUACCGUUUUGUAGCUCGACGUGUUAGCUCACGGACCCGGUGGCUCUGUCACAGUUUAAGCGGUUAGCUUGUCAGCACGACGCGCGUUUAAAUUAUCGGGUUCAGUUCCGAUUUCUGCGGCAGCGUCCAUGUCUGCAGAAAGUGAAAAUGUAACACAGACGCCAGCUCAGACAGAAACCGACACGUUUACCGACAGCAGCCUAACGGGAGGUGUUUUAACCGCUCGCUCCGCUGUAAACUCGUGAGCUAAAGUUAGCUGGCUGGCUGUUGAAGCCUCGGGGGUGUUUAUGUGGAGAUGUUUCGGCGUGAAGAGACGGCAGGCUGUUCAGCAGGAGGAGCAGGUUCAGCCGCAUUCAGUCAGCUUCAUUAUAAUCUGCUGCAUCACUGUGAAUUAAAUCUGCAGCUUUUUGUUGUUUGAGGCCUGAAACGGGAAUUUCCCACCGACGGGCCGUGACGUCGUGACUCGCGAAUACGUAGUGACGUGAUGAGACGAGCAGGAAGCGAAACAUAAACUUUAUUUUUAUUUUAUUUAUUUAUUUACCUGUGGAUUAUUGCUGUUGUUUGACACAUAAGUCAACAAAACAAAAAAAUAAUGUAUUAAAAUAGUAUACAAUAAGAAGAUAAAGCAAACAAUUAUAUAAGUGAAUAUGUAACAUAAUUAACAGGAUAGAGUAGAAAUAUGUAUAAAUAAACUUUACUAUAAAAGCAAAGCUGCUAAAGCAGAUGUCAUAUAGAAAAGAUAUACACAGUUUGCUCAGUUUUGGGGCUGAAAUUAGUUCCCCUUUCCCCUCGGGGAUCAAUAAAGUAUCUCUGGUUCUGAUUUCUAAUCGUCAGAAAAUUAAUUAGCAACUAUUUUGAUUUUCAGCAAAUCUUUGAAUAAUUUUCCAAACAAAAACUGCCCAAAAAUGCCUGGUUGCAGUUUGUCCGUCGUGAGGAUUUCCUGCUCCUCUCUGUCACAGUAAACUGAACACGUUUGGGUUUCAGACUGUUGGUCGGACAGAAUGAGACGUGAAGACGAAGCCUCGGGCUCAGAGAAACUGAGACGGCCGUUCUGUAGGACAAUUGAUUAAUCCGUUAUUUGUGGAAAUGAUUGACAGAUUAACUGAUAAUGAAAACAUGACGUGCUGCUGUCAGGACACUGGUUACCAGUUGAACGUUUUUAAUAUUUGUGCCAACAACAGCUUUUUUUUUUUUUUUCAAGAAGUUCGUUUUGGUCAUUAAAAUGUUGUUGUUUUUUACGGAUUCUGGUAAUAAAAUAUUCCAAACUGCUCGACGCUUCAGCGCUUAAUAAAGAAAUCUACCUGAAAAAUAUAAAUAAAAUGGAAUAAAAUGCUUUUAAAUCAGUUAACAAGAUGAGGAAUCUGACAGGUGUGUCUGUAGCACCGAGAUCACUUGCAGCCGUCAGGAUGCAGAGUACCACCAACUACCUGUGGCUGAUCUCAGACCUGCUGGGUCAGGGAGCGACGGCCAACGUUUACCGCGGCAGACACAAGAAAACGGGAGACCUGUACGCAGUCAAGGUGUUUAACAACCUCAGCUUUUUGAGGCCGCUGGACGUCCAGAUGAGAGAGUUCGAGGUUCUGAAGAAACUCAACCACAAAAACAUCGUAAAACUGUUCGCUGUGGAGGAAGAGGUCAGUGACUGUGAUAAUGUGGAGGAAGAGUCCAACACCCGUCACAAGGUCCUGGUGAUGGAGUACUGUCCCUGUGGAAGUCUCUACACAGUUUUAGAGGAGUCGUCCAACGCUUACGGACUUCCUGAGGACGAGUUCCUCAUAGUUCUGCAUGAUGUUGUGGCAGGUAUGAACCACCUGAGAGAGUACGGCAUUGUUCACCGGGACAUCAAACCAGGAAACAUCAUGCGUGUGAUCGGAGAGGACGGACACUCCGUCUACAAACUGACAGACUUCGGAGCAGCCAGAGAGCUGGAGGACGACGAGCAGUUUGUGUCUCUGUACGGCACCGAGGAAUACCUGCACCCUGACAUGUACGAGCGAGCCGUGCUGAGAAAAGACCACCAGAAGAAAUAUGGCGCCACGGUGGAUCUGUGGAGCAUCGGAGUCACGUUCUACCACGCCGCCACCGGCAGCCUCCCGUUCAGACCGUUUGAAGGACCACGCAGGAACAAAGAAGUCAUGUACAAAAUCAUCACGGAGAAGCCCUCUGGGACGAUCUCCGGUCAUCAGAAGAGCGAGAACGGGAAGAUCGAGUGGAGCACGGAGAUGCCGGUGUCCUGCAGUCUGUCCAAGGGUCUUCAGAGCCUCCUGACUCCGGUGCUCGCCAACAUCCUGGAGGCCGAUCAGGAGAAGUGUUGGGGCUUCGACCAGUUCUUCGCCGAGACCAACGACAUCCUGCACCGGACCGUCGUCUACGUCUUCAGUCUGCAGCAGGCCACGCUGCACCACGUCUACAUCCACGAAUACAACACGGCGGCGCUGUUCCAGGAGCUGUUGUCCCGCAGGACCAGUAUCCCGCUGCACAACCAGGAGCUGCUGUACGAGGGCCGCCGCCUCGUCCUGGACCCCAACCGCCAGGCCAAGACCUUCCCCAAAACCUCCAGAGACAACCCCAUCAUGCUGGUCAGCCGCGAGUCCGUCGCCACCGUGGGACUCAUCUUCGAAGACCCCAGUCCUCCUAAAGUUCAGCCUCGCUACGAUCUGGACCUGGACGCCAGCUACGCAAAGACUUUUGCAGGUGACGUCGGACAUUUGUGGAAAACUUCAGAGUCUCUGCUGGUUUAUCAGGAACUGGUGCGGAAAGGAGUUCGGGGUUCAAUUGAGCUGAUGAAGGAGGACUACAGUGAGAUUCUGCACAAGAAGUCAGAGGUUUUCCAUCUGUGUAACUACUGCACGCAGAUCCUGGAGAAGACCGAACAGCUGUUCGAGGUGCUGAUGCGGGCCAACAUGCUGUCGUCAGAAUACGACGAGAUCUCGGACAUGCACAAGAAGGUUCUCAGAAUCUCCGGCUCUUUGGAGCCCAUUGAACGAACAACACAAGACAUCAAGGGUAAAUUCCUCCCAGGAGGCCUGCUGACCGACGUCUGGACACAACAAGUGGGGACGCACCCCGAGGACAGGAAUGUGGAGAAAAUCAAAGUGCUGCUGGACGCCAUCACGGCCAUCUACCAACAGUUCAAGAAGGACAAAGCAGAGAGACGUCUGCCGUACAACGAAGAACAGAUCCAUAAAUUUGACAAACAGAAGUUGGUCCUUCACGCCAGUAAAGCCAGAUCUCUGUUCACAGAGGAGUGCGCCAUGAAAUAUCGUCUGUUCAUCUCCAAGAGUGAAGAGUGGAUGAGGAAGGUUCAUCACGUGAGGAAGCAGCUGCUCGGCCUGUCCGGUCAGCUGAUCAGCAUCGAGAAGGACGUGACCAUGCUGAUGGAGAGAGCCAUCAAGCUGCAGGAACAGCUGCCUCAGAAGGUUCUUCCUCUGGUGUCCAGCGGGAUGAAGCCUCAGUCCGCCUACCUGAGUCAGAACACGCUGGUGGAGAUGACGCUCGGGAUGAAGAAGCUGAAGGAGGAGAUGGAGGGAGUCGUCAAAGAGCUGGCAGAGAACAACCACUUCUUGGAGAGAUUCGGGACUUUGACGCUGGACGGAGGUCUGAGAGGCUGAGAGCUGAGUUUGUCUUCUGUAAAUAUAUCUUGUAAAUAAUGCGAGACUGUGAGAUGGAGCUUUUUGUAUGAACGGUUUCUCAGUCAGUAUAAUCUGUUAACGAACACACUGUUACUCCGGCCGCAGCAGAAUCGGCUUCACACGCUUUAACAUGACGAUCAGUGAAGGAACUCAGCUGUGAGCUCUUUAAUCAACCCUUAAUUUACAGCAGACACCUUCAUUUAAAGACACUUUAAAAACCCUUAAUUAGCGUUUUAAGUACUGUAGAUUUUGACAAAUCCAUGAAUGAUUGGUUUAAGGGAUUCUUAUCAUUUUAAAGUAAUGUGAUUUAAAUUUGUUAAAUACCUCUAAGAUUUUGGUUGAAUUAAUAGCUAUAUACGGUACAUAAAAUAUGUACAAAUUUAAUAACUACUAUAAUGUAAACCAAAAUCCCUUAAACUCACCAUUAAUGGAUUUGACAAACAUUUCAAUUUAAUGUGUUUUUAAGUGAUUUCUGGCGACCAAACACCUUGAUUUAGAUUAAAGGUGUAUAUUAAGGGGUGAUUGUAUCAUAGUAAUUGUAAUAAAUUAAGGUGUUUAACAGGUUUUCUGCAUGGAUUGAAAGGUGUCUAAGGAGUAACGUUAUAGGUACCACAUAAUGUAUACCUAAAAAGGGUUAAAAUCUCUCAAAAUGGACCAAAUAAUAUAAAAAAGCCCUGACUUUUCACCUAAAUAUUAAGAAUUGAGGGAUGGGUUUUAAUUAUCUCUUCCCUUAACCACUAAUGGGUAAAUUGAUGGUAUAGUAAAGUGAAAAUAUUAAGGGAUUAGGUUGAAAAAUGAUGUUUGUUUAUUGUUCUGAGAGGCCAAUCAGUAAUCAUUAGACGUUUAUUAGCUUUUCACAUUUUUUCUCUAGACAAGAAGUUGCUGGUCAGUCAUUUUAAACUUGCAGAAAUACCUCCUCCCCGUUUACAUCAGCUCAUCUUCACCUUUUACUCUUUAGAAGAUGUUCAUGUUCUGUUCUGUUAAGGUUUUGUUUUGUCAAUAAUCAGCAUUCAAGAUGCUCAGUGACAAUGUUUAAAAUAUGUGUAAAUAAAUAAAUAUCAAAGAUG